AUGUCCGACACGUUCCAGGAAUUGGCUGAUAUCCCCAAGGAUUUCGUCAAAGAUGGCAUGCUCUUCGUAAACCGCUGCACGAAACCGGACAAGCGCGAGUUCCUCAAAAUCAGUCAGGCGGUUGGAUUUGGUUUCCUUAUCAUGGGAGCUAUCGGAUACGUUAUCAAAUUAAGUCAGUUCCCUCUACCUUUCCCGAGCCAUUGA